AUGAAGGGGAGCAGCGCCCUGCUGCUGGCGGCCCUCGCCUUACUCGGCACCUGCGGGCUGGCCACAGGGGAGGACAACAAUGAAUUUUUCAUGGACUUCCUACAAACACUGCUGGUGGGGUCCCCAGAGGAGCUCUAUGAGGGGCCCCUGGGCCAGUACGACGUCAACGCAGAUGCCAAGGCAGCGCUGGCCGAGCUCAAGUCCUGCAUAGACAGCAUGCAGCCCAUGCACAAGGCGGAGAUGGUCAAGUUGCUGGUGCAAGUGCUCGGCAGUGAGGAAGGUGCCUAGUGGACCCCAGACGUGGC